AUAGAAUAUAAUGUUAAAGGAUUAUCUACAUCGUUUAUAUCCCUGGCAGGCGGCAAAAUUACUAUUCUCUCCACCUUCAGCCCGGCUUGUCUUACGGCCACCUCGGCAGCCAACCACACAAGCCCAAGUUGAAAAUUUGCUUUUAACCAUAGAGACCACUAAUCCCGAGUCUGUGUCUGGAUUCUCAGUUCACAAACAACCAUCUGUCAUUGCUAAUGCAGGCAAGUACAAUCUUUAUAGAUUCUUAAUGAUGAGAAAAGUUGAAUCAAUCUGUCUUGGUGUAUUCUUGAAAGGACGAUGCAAGACAGGUGAUAUUGUGUGCUUGUAUCCAGGCACUGUGUAUCUUCCAUUCGAACCUUUGUUGUUUGUUAGUAUUUCGAAUCGAUAUAUUUUGAAAUGCUACGAUGGUGUAUUUGUGGAUGGCAAGUCAACAGGCUUGUCUGGCAAGGUAUUCAAUUCAUUAUAUCACCGUGAAAACUGGCCAGGUGCUAUACAGACAAGCGACAAGACGUGGAUGACUCAAUCACCAAAAAACCCAUUUGCCAUCGGACAAUAUGUCAAUAAUGGUACUCAAAUUAACCCAUCAAAUGUGCGAUACCAAGAACUUGACCUUUUACCAUCAUUUCCAGUUGGCCUUCGACAAUACCUUCCCAAUAUCUACUGGGCUAGUAUGGAUCCAAUGAGCACACCAUUUCGAAUUGUAGCUUUGGUAGCAGAACGAGACAUCAAAGACGAAGAGUUGUUUUCUACUUAUAUGGAUAAUUCUGGUGAACGACAAGAAAGUAUAUAA